CCGGAAGUAAAUCAAAAUAAAACGGAUGGGACGCUGAUUCCAGCCUCCACAGGGGACCCAAACCUCGCAUCUGUUGAGUUUUUAAUCCAUCCCCCCGGCGGGAUGUCUUUCCCCUCGGCGUUCAGCACGCAGGUGGCCGCCAUCAUGGAUGUCCUGGCCAAGGCUGCGGUGGCGGAAAUAACGAUGCUGGUGGAGGAGGGCAGCGUGGCUCUGCGGCUGGAGGCGAGCAGGAGGGAUGGCGAGAUCCUGGAGCUGCGGAGCUGUCUGAAGAGGAUGGAGGCUGAGCUCCGGAAAGCCCAGGAAGCCGCCGCAAGGCGAGCCACGGCCGAGAAACAGGUGCAGACCGCGGCGGCGGGGGGCCAGGAGCCGCGGAGAGAUAAAAGGCAGCGUUGCCAAACAGACGAGGCGUAUCCUGAGCUGAACCCCGCUGGCUCACUCUGUGAGACGCGCAUCAGUCCAGCCGUGAAAGAAGAGCCAGCAGGCGGACUUCGCGUCGACGGAGCAGCGGAGCGUGCCGUGACAUAGGCAGCGGAUCCAGGUGACCCCACCUGGCCGGCCUGUGGAGAAAUUCAGCAGCAGUCGCACAUUUUCCCGUCCGACAUCGAGGAGCGGCCUUCUUCCAGAGACGCGCAGAGUUCAUAUUCAUCAUCGGGAAAGGAAGGAGCAGAUGAUCGCUUUGCUUUGCCCGUGAAAGCGGAGGUCUCUGUGCUUCCAGGGUCUUUUUAUGCAGACGGUUUGCAUCCGGGCGGCGUUCAGGACGACUGCGUGGAGUCUGCGGGGCCGUCGGCAGCUUUGCCUCACGCCCAGGCGUCCACGGCAGGAGCGUCCGGGUCCAACGAGGAGAACGUCGGCGGCAAGGUGAGCUGCAGACCAAAGAGGUUCAUGACUGCGUGGAGAGCAAACCAGAGCGUCUACAUCUGCUCGGUGUGCAACAAGGGUUUCCUCCGCUUGUCUCAGCUGGAGGAGCACAGGAGCACCCACCAGACCUCCAAGCCUUUCAGGUGCCUGGAGUGCGGGAAGUCCUUCACCCAGAAGACCCGGCUGAAGACGCACCAGAGGGUCCACACGGGGGAGAGGCCGUUCAGCUGCAGCAUCUGCGGCAAGAAGUUCUCCCGGCAGGACAACUGCCUGAGACACGAGCGGUUCCACAGCGGACUGAAGCCGUUCAGCUGCAGGCAGUGCGGCAAGAGCUUCACCGUGCUGGGGAACCUCAAAAUCCAUCAGGUGAUCCACCUGCGGGGAAGGUAGCGCGCCGCUCGCUCCACUUUUAGCAGUUUAAACAAUGUUUGAACUCUUGCAUCAAGCCUCGAUGCUGUGGAAAGCGUUCACUGUUGUAUUUAUUAAUUGUAAUGUUCCACUUCGAUGCAGGAAUGAGAGUCAGACAAAGGCGUGCACAAAAUAUCUGCAGCCCUUAAAGAGAAAGGUUUAGAUGUCGAGCAAAAUGUAGAUUUUUCUUUUCUUAUUUUGGAUAAUUAUUUUUUUUUAAUGUUUGUCUUGUGUUUAACGCCAAUCCAAUGAAUGUACAACCUUGUUUUGUCCGGAUGUCGUCCCAUUAAUGACUUCAUUAAAAGUAUUUUGUUCACUGUA